AUGAAUGAAAGGUGGGAGAAGGGAAUUGUUGUUGGUAUUUCGAAUGAAUGUUAUUAUGUUGCGUCAAGAAAUGAGGUAAUUUUCAUUGAAAAAUGUUAUUUUUUUCAUAAAAUUUUGAAAAAAACCGCGAAACUUUAGGAAUAUUUUUUACGCAAAAAUUCGACGAACCACACUUUCAAAAUAGGCGAUUGUAUGAAUUUCACAUUUGGUAUUGUCGAUACAUCGAAUGGUCAAAAACAUCGAGGAAUUGUGUUGAAACAUGAGCAAUGUGCACAAUUUGUCGAGUGGGAAUUGUUGAAAACGAAAAAUGCUGCGAUUCUGAAGUCGGAUAUUUGUGAGGUGACAAUUGAAAAUCAUCCGUAUUCGAAGCGACCGGUUCGAUGUGUGCGGACCAAGUUUCUUGAGGUAAUUUUGAAAUUUUUGGGGGCUCUAAAGGCUUCCUAAGGCUUAUAAGGGCUUCUAAAGGCUUUUAAAGGCUUCCUAAGGCUUCUAAAGGCUUCCUAAGGCUUCUAAGGGCUUCUGAAGGCUUUCUAAGGCUUGUAAAGGCUUCCUAAGGCUUCUAAAGGCUUUCUAAGGCUUCUGAAGGCUUCUGAAGGCUUCCCAAAGCUUCCCAAGGCAUCCCAAGGCUUCUAAAGGCUUCUAAGGGCUUCUAAAGGCUUGCUAAGGGUUCUAAAGGCUUCUAAGGGCUUCCUAAGGCUUGUAAAAGCUUCUAAAGGCUUCUAAAGGCUUCAUAGGACUUCUAAAGGCUUCUGAAGGCUUCCUAAGGCUUGUAAAGGCUUCCUAAGGCUUCUGAAGGCUUCUAAAGGCUUCUGAGGGCUUCUAAAAGCUUCUAAAAGCUUCUAAAGGCUUCCUAAGGCUUCUAAAGGCUUCUAAAGGCUUCCUAAGGCUUCUAAAGGCUUCCUAAGGCUUCCUAAGGCUUCUAAAGGCUUCCUAAGGCUUCUGAAGGCUUCUAAGGGCUUUUAAGGGCUUUUAAAGGCUUUUAAGGGCUUCCUAAGGCUUCCCAAGACCAAAAUGUGCACAGUGUUUUAAUAAAAACAAUUCCAGAAAGUUUAUGAUAGUGAUGUUGAUACAAAAACAUUCGGUCUAACCGAUUCGGAUUUAUUAAAUAUGAAAGCUGUUGCUAUUCGAGUCACCAAUUCAGAAAAGAAAUAUUUUUGGGCGCUUCUUGGCUAUGAAAGAAAAUUCAACGGAUCCCUGCAAAAUUUCACGAGUGAUAGGAACAUGUUAGAAGGAAUCGUGCUAAAUUUGCCAUCAAAAACUGGACUUGAUACAAUUUAUGUUUGGGUUCCCGGAAGACGACGAAGUCUUGUACUUUCUCCGAGUGUCAGGUAUUUUUUUUGUGUUAGAAAUUUUUUGAAAAAAAAUUUAUUUAAUGUGUUUUCAGAGGAAAUCAACCGCGAGAAAAAUUUUUGGGAAAUUGGAUCUCGUUUUCGGUUUCUCCUGGUGUUUGUGAAAUCGAUGUUAACAGCGAUAUUCGAAUUAUUGAUGAUGUUCUACCAACUAGAUUUCAUUCAAAUUCAUUUGAAGUUAGGGUAAAUGUUUCAUUUGAAUAUGAUUGUGACAACAGAAUUCGAGUUCCUGAAUUGAGGAGUAGAGAUUGUGGAAUUGUGGUGGAUACAUCAGCAACAUUAGGUAUUUUAAUUUGUUUUUAAUUUUUAAAAUUUUUUUAUAAUACCUUCAGAACGAUACAAUCGAUUGAGAAAUUUUACUGAUUCGGCUUGGGUUUAUAAUUUUCCUUACGAUUUAUCAAGAGAUAUUCGAUUUGUUCUUUCGGAAAAGCAAAAUGAAUGGGAUCGGUGAGACUUAUCGGAACUUGAGAUUGAAUUUCAAGAAGGAUUUUUAGAUUUGAAACAUCGCGAGAGCCAAGAAUUCAAUUUUAUGAUGAAAAUUUGAAUGAACAAAGAAGACUAGCUUCACCGGAUUCUGAUGUUGAGUGAGUUGAAUUUUUUUUUUUGGAACAAAAAAAAAUCAAUUUUCAUUCAGCUCUUGGGAUCAACCUCGAAAACCAGACGAAAACUCCUACAGAAGAAAAUUGAGAUAUGAUAAAUCAGAAAAAAGGGAUGAUACAAACAGUAUUCCAUCAACAUCUAGAAGUUUCGAGGAAUCUCAAUCAAUUCGAAACAAUUUGAAUAAAUUGAAAAAGAAAUAUGAUUAUUUGACUGAAAAUGAUAUGGAAAUACCGGAAAAAUUGAUAGAAGAAUUGAAAAAGGCUAGAAUUGAAGAGCAAAAUUCGGCGAAAAUCAAGAAUUUUAAUUAUGAUGAUUUUGAUGAGAAUCAUUCAAGAAUUUCUGAAAUUCGAAAACAAAGAGAAUUGGCGAAGAUUGAGAUUGAUGGGGAAGAAUUGAGAAAAUAUAAAAAAGGUUGAUUUAUUUUUUGGGAAGAUUUAUAAAUUAAAAAAAUUUCAGCUUGUCACUUUGUUCCGUGAUAUGAUGUCGUGUGAGAAAGUUUGCGAUGAAAUGCGAAAAUUUGACGAACGUUCUAUGAAAAAUAUCAAUCGACUUAUUUUUGAACUAUAAUAAUAUUAUUUAUAAAUUUCCUAAAAGGUUUGCUUUAAUUUUUGCAUCUGUUCUCAUUUUCAUAUUGAAUAAACUGUUUUGGACCAAAACUAAUUUUUUUGGAAACUUUUUUCGUCAGAUUUCGAAAAAAUAUUUGGAACUUUUUUGAUUUUAGUUAAAUUGACUACUUUUUUCUGCAGAAUGUCGGAUGCAAAUCCGGAGAGAGGAAUAAUUACGGGUUGCUCAAAGGAAACGUUUUUCGUAACAACUUCGAAUGAUGUGAGUUUUGGAAAAAAACCACGAAACGUAAAAAAAUUCAGGAAUUCAUUAUGCGUAAAAAUAAUCUGUUUGAAGUUGGUGAUUGCUUGAAUAUUUUAUCGAAAAGCGAGACUCGAUGGAGAAAUCCAAGUGGAUCAUUUGAGAUGAAAGGAGUUGUUGAAAAUUGCGAGAAAAUCGAGACAUUCGUCGAGUGGAGUCUUCAAACCAACAAGAAUGGCAUUUUUAUAAUAUCUCAAAUUAUUGAUGUUCGUUUGUGUAAUCAUCCGAAUACUAAUGGACUUGUUCGAUGCUUUCGCACGCCGUUUCUUGAGGUAUUUUUUUGUUGAUCAGAAUCUGAACUUCAGAUCAUUCUACUGUAUUUCAAAUUGAAAAUAAGUUAGUUAAAUGGUUGAGAAAUUCACUUUCUCAUCCUAUUUAAAUUAUGGAUUUUCAUCAUAAAAAAUGAAUUUUCGUGAAUUUUUUUCGUUUUUUUUGAUGAAGCCUAUCGGUUUUCCCUACCCCAAAAAUUUCGCGCAUUUUUUGAGACCUGACACAAUCUUAUAGGGGUGGGACUAAAAAUUGACGGAAUCAACGGAAAAAUAAGAGAUUUAGAGAAAAAUUAUUGAAAAAUUUGAGGUCUAGCGAUUUGGGGUAGUGAAUUACUGUGAAACGACCAAAACUUGGUUUGAAUUCAGUGAAAACUUGAAAAUCAAUAGAAAUGUAUUAUUUUAUGUUCUAGAAAAGUUAAAUUUAGGUCUGAGAAAUUGAAUUUCUCAAUCAUUUUUGUGUUCUCGAAACUGAUAAAAUUUUCGGAGAAAUUUUUGAACAAAAUAUUUUUUUCUAGGAAGUUUACGAUAGCGAUGUUUCGAAAACCGAUAUGUACACUGAACGCGAACUGAUGAACAUGAAACUUGUUGCAGUUCAUAUCGUUAGCAGUGGUAAAAAUGGAUUUUGGGCUGUUUUGGAUAUCAAUGAAAUCAGGGACGCGACACAGGUGAGUUUUCAUCAAAAAAACGAACCGUAAAUUGAAAAAACAAACCUUUUUUAAGCAAAAUUCGUAUGAUCGUCGAAUUCUUAAAAAGGGUAUUUGUUUGGAAGCUACAGAAUAUCGAUCGAAAAAUGGUAGAGAUGAUAUUUAUCUCUGGAUUCCUUAUCGUCGUGAGUCAAUUUGUUUUCCAGAACAUAUCAGGUUCGUAUAUAUAUUUACAGAAUAAGUUACAUAAUUGAAGAUUUUUUUUCUAGAGGAACAACUAAUAAAAUGAAGUUUUUUGGAAAGUGGAUCAUGUUCACAGUGAAUAUGAAUAGUAAAAUGGAUGAAAAUAGUGUUGUUGAAUUGAUUGAUGAUGUUCUACCAACUCGAUUUUUUAAAAAUCGAUAUGAAGUCAAAGUUUUGGUUGAUUUCGAUGUGGAAUCUUGGAAUGGAAAAGGGUAUCCAGAAAUUUCGAGUGCACAUUGUGGAUUGAUUGCUGAUGUAACUGAUACUUUACGUGAGUGUUUUUUCAUUUUUUUUUUUUGCCGCCAAAAUUUGAAAAUUUCAAUUCCAAAUGCUGCCUUCAAAAAAUACGUUUCACAAUUUUCAUAUAAAAAUAAAAUUUGAAAAUUUUUUUGAUUCGCCAAUUGAUCACCUUUAAAAAAUUCGACAUUUUCAGGAUUUUACAAAAGGCUCAAUUCAUUUUCCGGAGAAGCUUGGGUUCAUUAUUUUCCGCAUGAACCAACGAGAGGAAUUCGAUUUGUGUUAUCAGAAAAACAAGAACAUUGGGAUGAGGAACCUAGAAAUGGUGUAUUCAGAAGUCGAGGAAGAUCGAGAUCACCUAGGAAUAAUGGAAGUUAUGAUAAUUCGACGGAUUUUAAUAGAAGAGAAAGAUCGAGACCACCAAGAGAAGAAGAAUUUGAGCAUAGGUAAGAUUUUGAAUACAUAUUUAGAAAAAAUAUUGUAUUAGUUGAUUUUUAAGUGAUUUGAGAAGAUCAAGAUCAGUGAGCAGAAAACCAAGUAAUCAACCAGAAGAAGAAAAUGAUUCUGAUGAUUCAUGGGAUCAGGAAGCGAAUCGAAGAUCGAGAAUGAGAGAAUCUUCAAGACCACCAAUGAGAUCACCGGAAAGAUCAAAUUAUCGAGACAAUUUUGAUCGUAGAAGAGAAAGAUCAAGACCUAGAGAAGAUUUUGAUAUUGUUGAUCAGAGAAAUCGAGAAUAUGAACGAAGAUCGAGAGAAACAUCGAGACCACCUUCGAGAAAAAAAGAUGAUACAAAUAGUAUUCCAUCAACAUCUCGAAGUUAUAAUGAUGAUCUAUCAAAAGCUCAGGCAAAUUUGAAAAAAUUGAAGACAAGAUAUGAAUAUUUGACUGCAAAUAAUAUGCCGAUUCCUGAAAAAUUAAGAGAAGAUCUUGGAAAUGCGAUUGCAGAAGAGAUUCGAUUGAAGAAAAACAAUCAGGAUCAGGAUGAUAGAAAAUCGGGAUCAUCAAGAGUUGAAGUGGAUGAAGAAGAUCUACAGAAAUAUAAAGAGGUGAGCCUUAAAUUAUAAUUUGAAAUUUCAAUAUUAUUUUUUAGCUUGUCGUAAUGUUCCGUGAAAUGUUGUCUUCUCAAGAAGUUUGUGAAGAAAUGCGAAGAUUUGAUGAAAUUGCAAUGGAUAAUAUUAAUCAACUACUUUUUGAUUUGUAA